AUGGAGAUUUCAAUGGCUUCAACUGACAGCGUUAAAGUGUUGGUUGUUGGAGAUUCGGGUGUUGGAAAAACUUGUUUAGUGAAUCUGAUGUGUAAAAAUAAAGUUGUGAAAAAUCCUAAAUGGACUGUUGGAGUAACAGUUGAAAUAAAACUCUACAAAUAUAUGGAAGGAACACCUAGACAACGCAAUUGUUUUAUAGAAAUGUGGGAUAUCGGAGGAAGUUCAAACCAUAAAAAUACUAGAUAUAUAUUUUAUAAUGCUAUUCAUGGCAUUAUCUUAGUAUAUGACUUAACUAAUCUUAAAUCCAGUGAAAAUUUACAUAAGUGGCUAGCAGAAAUAUUGAAUAAGGAUAAUAACUCAAAAUAUAAAUGUACAGAUGGAUUUGAUAUGGAACAACUGGUUGGCUCAAAUAGAUCAAUACAGAGUGUGGCAGAGUUGACUGAAGAGUUUUGA